AUGUCAUCACCAACAGUGCAUGGUCCCCCUCCAAAUCUGUCACCUUCUUUCCUGGCGCAGAGCCGUGUGCCAGCCAUAUACGCGGCGGUGAUCACCGUCUCCGUGCUCUGUACUGUUGCUGUCGCCCUCCGCUUCUUAUGCAGGCGACUGGUCAAGGCGGUUCUCUGGUGGGAUGACUGGACAAUUUUGGCCGCUCUCUUUGUCGAAUGGGGCCUUUCAGCGGUCGUACUCCACCAAACGGCCGAUCUCAAUUUCGGUAGACAUAUCGAGCUGAUAAAGCCAUGGCAGCUGGUGUCUUUUGCAAAGACACUUUUGGCGACCCAGGUACUGUACUAUUGUGCACAAACACUGACAAAGAUCUCGCUACUGCUGCUCUAUCAUCGACUCUUCAGUGUCAACAAGCCGUUCCGAAUCGCCCUAUUAGCUGCUGGCGCCCUGGUCAUGAUAUGGUGGACGGCUUCAUUCUGGGAUACCAUAUUUCAAUGCGUACCUGUGCAGGCAUCCUGGGAUAAGAGCAUUAAAAAUGCAAGGUGCCAGAAUAUCAGAGACGCAGCGCUAGGCACAGGGAUCAGCAAUCUCAUACUGGACCUUGUGUUUCUUCUGCUCCCCGUUCCUAUGGUUUGGCGACUGCACGUUAGCAGGAGAGUCAAGGUGUCCCUGACAGGCAUUUUUCUUCUCGGCGCUUUUGUCUGCGCAACUUCAGUCAUCCGCAUCCAUCAGGUCCUCGCGACGAAUUGGAGCCUCACAGACCUGACCUACGACAGUUUCGGCAUCAACGUCUGGAGUACAGUUGAAUCCUGCUGUGCGAUUAUCGGAGCGUGCCUGCCGACUAUGCGUCCUUUGAUCACCCGCAGCGUGGCCGUCGUCACAAGCCAUACUAAGUCUUCGGCCUCGAAAACAAAGACAUCCUCCGGCAGUGGUGGGGCAGUCAGCAGUCCACGCUCGCCUUUCUGGAAUCUACCUGGUCUAUGUACUCUAUAUCAAAGCCUGAAUGGACGGGUGGAGGAGAAUGACGUCGAGAAAGGCGGCCGGAAUGCGUAUCCAUUGAAGCCACUGCAAGCCUUUGCAAACACCGCAGAUCCUUAUCCAAAAAGGAUCUCUUCCUUGAACGGUGGGUGGGAUCGCUCACCGCAUCCUGUGGUGAAGUCGGAGAGAUUCCAGUUGGAGAGGCAAAUUGCGCCUUUGCCACUCACUCCCGAACCUAUCUAUUUGUCAUCACCCUCUGCCCCUGAGCGAAUACGGCGGGCGACUUCCAAAACAGCGCCUCUUUCUACUCCAAAGGAUAUGGGUUAG